CAAUGACCGACCCCGCAGCUAAGCGCACUGACUCUAACAUUUUGAGGCUGUUAAACCCUGGGCUCCCGAAAGCUUCAGUCUAUGGAGGGGCAUAGAGGGGCUAUCAGCCAUCAGUGUCAUUGACUCUCUAGAACGGUGGUGAUCUUUUCGAGGAGGACAAGCUUGUGAAUAACCUUGAGACAUCGAGUCACUCGGUCAAACUUGGCAGACGGAUAUCAAAGGCUGAAAAAUACCGACAAAAAUCAGCUAACUCGAGCUGCAUGAGCAUAGGCUUGAGCCCCUCAACUUACAUACACACUACAACUCUUUUAAAAUUUUCAGUCGCUUUUUUAUUCACAUUUUGCCACUUUUUCACUACGGAAAUAGACGAGUGCUACCCUUCUGAACUACCCACUUCGUCCGCUCUCAGCUCUCACCACCUGGGCACCGGUGGCCGCCGAAAAGUCCCGAAAGAAGCUAUAUCCUGAUAAUGAUCGCACCACUACGGUGCUAAAACCAGCGAUUGACUCAUACCCAAAACUCAUACCAAGAAAAGAGUUUUGACCGGACGAGAUGCGGAACUUGCGCAACAUCGGCCACAGCGUCUUCAGGAAUCCCGUCCCGGAUUCUCCCUUUCCUACCGCCGCCUCGGCUUCGGCCCCCUUCUCGGCAUCGUGUUGGGAUGUCUCCAGGGAUGAGGUGAUUGUUGCCCGUGGCCCAACCACCCAUGAUGCCCGGAUCGAACUCUCGAGGGUGGUGAAGCACACUCAUGAGCGUCCCCCUUGUCACUUAAAAUCAAAAAACAUCGCAACAUGGGAUGCACUUUGCCCAAACGAAGAUGGCAGUCCAGAUGUUAUCCGGAGUAUACACUACUUCAGCGACACAUUGACAACAUGUGUCAUCAUGGCCGGCGGUGACAUUGUCACUGUUACUGAAGACGAAGAAACUGCCGCUGGUGAAGCGCACAUUGAGAUCGUAGGCACAUUGUCGCCCUCUAUCUCGGCUGCUCGCUGGUCACCAGAUGAAGAGCUACUUGCCAUCGCAACAGGGGAUGCCAAGGUGUUCUUCAUGAGCCGGAGCUUCGAUGUUAUUUCAGAGGUUGUCCUCAGCGAAGAGGACUUGAGACUGUCAAAGCAUGUCUCUGUCGGAUGGGGCAAGAAGGAGACUCAGUUUAUCGGCAAGGGCGCCAAGGCCAAGGGACUUCGAGACCCUACUAUUCCGGAGAAGGUAGACGAGGGCACCUUGAGCUCAAACGAUGAUGGGCGGUGCACGAUCAGUUGGAGAGGUGAUGGUGCGUAUGUUGCUGUCAACUUCCUUCAGCAAGGACAACGACGUGUGAUCCGGGUGUACAACCGUGAUGGUGAGUUGGACAGUGUCAGUGAACCCGUGGAUGGGCUUGAGGGCGCUCUGAGUUGGCGGCCCGAGGGAAAUCUCAUGGCCGGGAUUCAGCGUCUCUCUGACCGUAUUGACGUUGUGUUCUUUGAAAGAAAUGGCCUGCGCCAUGGGCAGUUCACAUUUCGAGCGCCCCAGGACGCCCCUGAUGUGGCUGCAGAGCUGGCGCUUGAGUGGAACUCGGACUCAACCGUUCUAGCUGUUAUCAUGAAGGAUAGAGUACAGCUAUGGACUACAGGCAACUACCACUGGUAUCUGAAACAAGAGUUCCUCUGUGGUGACGGUGGUAGCAAGUACCACCAGAGUCCAAAGUUUGCCUGGCAUGCAGAGAAACCACUGUUGUGUGUUGCGGCGACAGCAGGCAAAGUACUUGUCAACGAGUACAUUUUCACCAUCGCCCGUGGGCCGGGAGUUUCUCCUCACGACUUCGGAGCUGUUGCCGUAAUUGACGGUCAGACGCUCAAAUUCACUCCUUUCCGGACGGCUAAUGUGCCUCCUCCGAUGGCCUUUGACGAACUCGAAGUCGAGUCUCCUAUUAUUGACGUUACAAUCGGACGGGAUUGCAACUCGAUGGCCGUGCUGCACCGAGCUGGUGUUAGCUUCUUCGAGCUUAUCAUCCAGGGACCACGGAUGCUAGCCCCGAAGCUUGCCUCUACGGCUUCCUUUAGGAAGACACAUGCCCAGUUAUACGAGGAACAUGUACUUCAGGUUGGCCUGUCUGGCUCAAAUGAGGUUCACGUUCUUCAAAUGUCGGAAGACAUGGAGAUUGUCAGGCACACAUUUGAAGGCACACAAACAAACGAACACGGGUGGCAAAAGACGGAUGCAACUUCCAUCACAACCAUUACAACACCUAUAGUGCCACCAGUUGUCGAGGAAGAUGGAGUCAUUGCUCAGGAUUGGCGUGGCAGACUGAGCAGAAUCAUUGAAGGAGAACACCUCCCGCUUCCUGCCGAGUUUGCCAACUUCUUGCCCUGGACAAGUUACAUUACACAUUCAGGCGAGUUCCUGGCUUUUGGACAGGCUCGGAAUGGCUACCUCUACUGCAACUCGACGCUACUGGCCAGGAACUGUACUUCUUUUGUUGUUACCAAGCAUCAUCUCAUCUUCACGACUACCAACCACUUCGUCAAGUUUGUUCACUUGGCUACGGAAGAAGAGCUUGAAGUUCCCCAGGACGACCCCGAGAAUGACGAACGAUGCCGGAGUAUCGAGCGGGGAGGCAGGCUGGUCGUUGCCAUGCCCAGUAGGAUGAGCAUUGUGCUUCAGAUGCCUCGUGGCAAUCUUGAGACAAUUUAUCCCCGGGCUAUGGUUUUGUCCGGCAUCCGCGACCUUAUCGAGGCCAAGAACUAUGGCGCUGCUUUUGCGACAUGCCGCACUCAGCGUGUGGAUAUGAACCUGCUCUAUGAUCACCGACCGGAGCAGUUCCUGGAGCAUGUCGGCUUGUUCUUGGAGCAGGUGAAGGAUACGGCCAACAUUGACUUGUUCUUGUCCACUCUCAAGGAGGAGGAUGUCACCCGGACUAUGUACAAGGACACCAAGGCUGGCUCAGCUCCGCAGUCGCAAGAAGCUCAAACGGCUGCUAAAGAAAGCAAGAUCAACAAGAUCUGUGAUGCUGUUUUGGCAAAGCUCAAGACCCAGAAGAACGCCAACCUCCAAAACAUCAUCACAGCGCAUGUGUGCAAGAACCCACCAGCCCUCGAUGAUGGCUUGCGCGUGGUUGCCGAUCUUAUGCAAGAACAUGAGGCACUAGCCGAACGUGCUGUUGAGCACAUUUGCUUCCUGGUAGAUGUCAACAGACUCUACGACCACGCGCUCGGUUUGUACAAUCUCGAACUUACUUUGCUGGUUGCCCAGCAGUCUCAACGUGAUCCCAGAGAGUAUCUCCCAUUUAUUCAAGAACUUCACAAAAUGCCAGAGCUCCAGCGAAAGUACACAAUCGACGACAAGCUCGGGAACCACGAGAAAGCCCUGGACCAUCUUAAGGCUCUUGGCGAUUUCGAGGAGGUGAAGACGUACACCGUCAAGCACAAGCUCUACCAGCACGCCUUGAGCAUCUACCGUCACGACGAGCAGCACCACCGCGUGAUUACCGACCUCUUCGCCGCCCACCUCAAGUCUAUCUCCCAGUUUAAGGAAGCCGGCCUAGCCUACGAGUCACUCAACAGCUACCACGAAGCCACAGACUGUUACCUCAAAGCGGGCGCCGCCUGCUGGCGCGAAUGCCUCUACGUUGCCCAGCAGCAAGACCCGCCCAUCACCGCGCAGCGACUAGAAGAAGUAGCAAGCGACCUUGCCGACGCCCUCCGCGAAGCAAAGGACUAUGCCGCCGCGGCAACAAUUCACAUGGAGUACCUCUCUUCUAUCGAAUCCGCCAUCCAAUCCCUUUGCAAGGGCUACCUCUUUGCCGAUGCGCUCCGACUUGUCGCCCGGCACAAGCGACGUGACCUUCUUGAGAGCCAUAUUGACAGCGGCCUCGCGGAUGCCUUCUCCUCCAGCAUUGAGUUCUUGGCUGAUUGCAAAGCCCAACUCAAGGCGCAAGUUCCGCGCAUCCUUGAGCUCCGCAAGAAGGCAAAGGAGGACCCGCUGGCGUUUUACGAGGGGGAGAACCCCUUUGGGAGCAAGAACGCGGAUGGUUAUGACAUCCCGGAUGAUAUCUCUAUUGCUGCUAGCUCGAGGGCGACGACGAGUGCGUCGAUGUUUACGAGGUAUACCGGCAAGGCUGGGAGCGUGGGGACUGUUGGCUCCAAUGUCUCGAGAGCAACAAGCAAAAACAGGAGGAGGGAGGAGAAGAAGAGGGCGAGGGGGAGGAAGGGGACGGUUUAUGAGGAGGAGUAUUUGGUUAAUAGUGUCAGGAGGUUGGUGGAGAGGGUGGAGGGGACGAAGGGGGAGGUGGAGAGGUUGGUCUUUGGGUUGGUGAGGAGGGAUAUGCAGGAGCGGGCAAGGGUUAUUGAGGAGGCGAUGGGGGUUGUGCUGGAGGGGUGUAGGCAGGCUGUUGGGGAGGUUUGGCCGCAGGAGGAGAAACAGCAAGUUGAGGGUGAAGGGGAGGAUGGAGAGGGGUGGAGGCCGGUGGGCGGUGAUGGGGUGCUGUUUGAGAGUUUGGAGGCUAUGAGGGCUAAGCAAACGGCGCCGGUGGUGACGGGGUUCGAGAAGUUGGCACUUUUGGGGGGAAAGAAGUGAGCGGUGGUUGGGAUGUAGGAGGUAUGGAUUAAAAUUGGGGCUAAAAGCAUUUGCAUUGGUUGUUUAGGAAACAGGAGUAAGAUAGGGUAGGCAUAG